CGGCUCGCGGUGUUGUUCGCUCGCUCGGGCGACGAGCGCUCGGCGGCAUUCCGGACGGCCCGGAGCGGGUGCUAACCCCCGGGAGCCUCGACGCUCUGGGUUAAGAGUCCCGGAGGCGGAGCGGGACCGGCGGCCGCCGCCGAAGAAUGAAGAAGGGUUGAGUCGAGAGCCCCCCACCAUUUCACGGUGAACUGGUACACAGGUUGAUCUCAAGAUGCCGUUAGUGAAGCGAAACAUCGACCCUCGGCACUUGUGCCAUACUGCACUGCCUCGAGGCAUUAAGAAUGAACUGGAAUGUGUGACCAACAUUUCCUUGGCAAAUAUAAUUAGACAACUUAGUAGCCUAAGCAAGUAUGCUGAAGAUAUAUUUGGAGAGUUGUUCAAUGAAGCUCAUAGUUUUUCCUUCAGAGUUAACUCAUUGCAAGAGCGCGUGGACCGCCUGUCUGUUAGCGUUACCCAGCUGGAUCCUAAAGAAGAAGAAUUGUCUUUACAAGAUAUAACAAUGAGAAAAGCUUUCCGAAGUUCUACAAUUCAAGACCAGCAGCUUUUCGACCGCAGGACUUUGCCUAUUCCAUUACAGGAGACGUAUGAUGUCUGUGAGCAGCCUCCGCCUCUCAAUAUACUCACUCCAUAUAGAGAUGAUGGAAAAGAAGGCCUGAAGUUUUAUACCAAUCCUUCGUAUUUCUUUGAUCUAUGGAAAGAAAAAAUGUUGCAAGAUACGGAGGAUAAGAGGAAAGAAAAGAGAAAGCAGAAGCAGAAAAAUCUAGAUCGUCCUCAUGAACCAGAAAAAGUGCCAAGAGCACCUCAUGACAGGCGGAGAGAAUGGCAGAAGUUGGCCCAAGGUCCAGAGCUGGCUGAAGAUGAUGCUAAUCUGUUACAUAAGCAUAUUGAAGUUGCGAAUGGCCCAGCCUCUCAUUUUGAAACAAGGCCUCAGACAUAUGUGGAUCACAUGGAUGGAUCUUACUCACUGUCUGCCUUGCCGUUCAGUCAGAUGAGUGAGCUUCUGACUAGAGCUGAGGAAAGGGUCUUAGUCAGACCACAUGAGCCCCCUCCACCCCCACCAAUGCAUGGAGCAGGAGAGGCAAAACCAAUACCCACUUGUAUCAGCUCUGCUACAGGUCUGAUAGAAAAUCGCCCGCAGUCCCCUGCAGCGGGCAGAACACCAGUGUUCGUGAGCCCCACUCCCCCUCCACCCCCACCACCACUUCCAUCGGCCUUGUCAACUUCUUCUCUAAGAGCUUCGAUGACCUCAACUCCUCCCCCGCCAGUACCUCCCCCACCGCCACCUCCAGCCACUGCUCUGCAAGCUCCGGCAGUGCCGCCUCCUCCAGCUCCGCUGCAGAUCGCCCCUGGGGUUCUUCACCCAGCUCCUCCUCCAAUCGCACCUCCUCUAGUACAGCCCUCUCCACCAGUAGCUAGAGCUGCCCCAGUAUGCGAGACUGUGCCAGUUCAUCCACUCCCACAAGGUGAAGUACAGGGGCUGCCUCCACCCCCACCGCCACCGCCUCUGCCUCCACCUGGCAUCCGGCCGUCAUCACCUGUCACCGUGGCAGCGCUUGCUCACCCUCCCUCAGGGCUGCAUCCAACUCCAUCCACUGCCCCAGGUCCCCAUGCUCCAUUAAUGCCUCCAUCUCCUCCAUCACAAGUUCUACCUGCCUCUGAGCCAAAGCGUCACCCGUCAACCUUACCUGUCAUCAGUGACGCCAGGAGUGUUCUGCUGGAAGCAAUACGAAAAGGUAUUCAGCUGCGCAAGGUAGAAGAGCAGCGUGAACAGGAAGCUAAGCAUGAACGCAUUGAAAACGACGUGGCCACCAUCCUGUCACGCCGCAUUGCCGUAGAAUACAGUGACUCGGAGGACGACUCGGAGUUCGACGAGGUGGACUGGCUGGAGUGAGGAAGCCGCCGCCCAGCGCCCCAGUGGGACGCAGCGCCCCAGGGAGCUUGCUCCUUGAAGUUCCGUCAUUCGUUCGAGUGUUGCUUUCUGUCUUUGUAUAAAAUACCCUUCCCUCCCUCCAUGAUUUUUAAUUCUAAGAAAAGUAUUAGCAUACAUUUCAACUAAAUAUUUUACAGUGGCUUAUCUUAUUUUUUUCCCUAAAAAGACAUAAUUUGGUCCAAUAAACCACUAAGUAUUAAGCAUGGGCAACUGUUGUUAGAGUAGCAGAUUCAGUUUUUUGCUAUAUCUUACUUGUGCACUUUGUGAGUUUUUAUUUGACGAAAGCACCUGAGGUUGAGGUCUUGAAGGCAGCUGCAUCUGUCAAUGAGCCUUGCUCCGUUUCCUGAUGGGAGAGAAGAAACGCUGCCUUGGCUCCAUGAACACCCAGAAGUCCACUUAGCGUGUAGCAUUGAGUUCUCGUAAAGGAAUGCUUACAUCUUUUAUUCUCAUUUUGUUUUAGCUACUUGCCUUAUUUGAAUGUUUAGCAGACCCCUUUCCUACUUCUAUAUUGUGUGGUACAAUUUUGCUUGCCUAGAGAAGUUUAAAAUCUUUCCGUGUGAAAUACUCUGAUUAAACAUACAUGUAACUUACACAACUUAAGAAUAACAGUCCGAUUUAAUAAAUGGUUCAUUUUGAAGGUU